AUGUGGCUUGCUGCCCAACACCGUUGGCCCCACUCCUCUCAGGACGGCUCCGAAACCUUCGAGCCCAGUGACAGUUGCCCUGAUUCACCUCUCCGGCCCAUUGGUCUCAACUACGACUUCAUAGAGGUGUUUGGAGGCUCAGGCCGUGUUUCCGACGCAAUGCGUGACCUUGGCUUCGUGUGCGGCCCUGUCCUGGAAGCCCAGAGUACUCCGCCGCUGGAGACCCGGAGAUUGCGAAGCCUGAUGAUUGGGCCUUUUACCCUUUACACUUGGCGAGCGUCAUGUGCCUACGGAUGCAAGCGUAAGAAGGAGUUCGCCUUCCUCUCAUGCCAUGUGCCCUCCACAGAGCGCGCCGUGCUUGCCCAGGAGGCCAUGUUCACGAUUGCUCUUCACAGCUCGCCUCCCGAGGAGGACUCCUUUACCCCUGGGUUUGAGAACUUGCUUGUCAAUGACUUUCUCUGCGGAGCUUCCUGGCAAGUCCUGCUUGACUGGCGUUGGAAGAAGCAAAGCCAUAUCAACCGCCUUGAGUCUGAGCGCUGCAACGCCUUGUGCAAGCGCUUGCUCUUGAGAGGGGGUGACCUGCGUUUCCCGAUCAUCCCCGACUCCGCUGUCACUCUCGGAGCACAUCGCAAGGGCCGCAGCUCUGCCAGGUUCCUUCGAUCCUCCCUGCGUGUGCGCGGGCGGCUACGACCCUUGGCUUUCCUGGAGAGGGGCAUCCCUUUCCCUCCUUUACACUUCUGUUCCUCAUCCUGCAUUCAGCACGUGCCGUGCUGUUUCCCCGUAAUCGGGCUGAUCAUUCCCGUCUUGCUCAUCGUGCCGCUCCUCUCCCUGCCGGUCGUCCUGUCCAGACUGACGCCUUUUUUGGUGGAGCCCUUCGUCGAGCUCCUUGUGCAGUAUGGUCAUGAUUUGUAUGGCUCAGGCAGACCAUACUAUCAUUUUUCGGAGACGAUAAACGCUGUCACGGCUCGGAAGCCAAUACUUCGCCGUCAGGUCCAAGCCGCGUGGGACGUAGCGUUCACUUGGCUGGCUGAGGAACCGUCCACCCAUCAUGUGGCGAUGCCUCCUUCGGUCCUUCUUGCUCUUCUUUCUGCCUGCUUGGCUUGGGGAUGGGUUCGAGAGGCUGGGAUCUUCGCGCUUUGCUGGGGUGCGCUUCUUCGUGUGAGCGAGGCGACUAAAGCUACGCGUGGUCACCUGGUUUUUCCUGCUGAUGCGCUUUGGAUGCAGCCUUUUGUAUUGGUUAAGAUUGACGAGCCCAAGACAAGGGGCAGAGCAGCGAAGCACCAGGCGGCGAAGCUGGAGCCUUCUGAUCUGGUCAGCAUUGUUUCUUUGGCUUUCGAGAGCUUUCCGAAGGCCUCACUCGGAAACGCUGAGGAAACGUUUCGACACAGUUCUUGA